AUGAAGUUCAUCUUCGCCCUCAUCGCCCUCCUCACCACCACAAGCCUCGCCGCCCCUACCUCACUCAAACGCCCAAGUGAGGGUGUUUGCUGGCUCUGCGGUCUCAAAUACUGGGAAUGCAUGGACUAUUACGUGGACAGCUAUUCAGAAGCCCUAGGCAAGCCAACCGACAUCCCUCAGUUCUAUCAGAGUCAGUGGAAAUGCGUGGAGCUGAUGGAGGAGCACUAUCGUCCGUGUUAUCUGCGUCAGUGUAAGGUGGAAUUUGAUAAAUGGGGAGAGCCGCAUUGGCAUCAUCAUGCUUAG